AUGACAGACGGCAGACAUAAUGACGGAAUGACAGACGGCAGAUAUAAUGACGGAAUAAGAGACGGCAAACUUAAUGGCGGAAUGACAGACGACAGACUAAAUGGCGGAAUGACAGACGGCAGACUUAAUGGUGGAAUGACAGACGGCAGACAUAAUGACGGAAUGACAGACGGCAGACAUAAUGACGGAACGACAGACGGCAGACAUAAUGACGGAAAGACAGACGACAGACAUAAUGACGGAAUGACAGACGGCAGACAUAAUGACGGAAAGACAGACGACAGACAUAAUGACGGAAUGACAGCCGGCAGACAUAAUGACGGAAUGACAGUCGGCCGGCAUAAUGAUGGAAUGACAGACGGCCGACAUAAUGACGGAAUGACAGACGGCAGACAUACUGACGGAAUGACAGACGGCAGAAGAGCGAUUUGA